AUGAUUCAUCACACUUUUUUUUCUCUAGAAGUCAGGCGAGUUGAUGAGCAGAUAAAUAACUACAAGGAAAUCCAAGACAAACCUCUGUGGCAAGAUGAAUUCACAGACAAAGAAAAACUGAAGGAUGAAAGUGGUGAAGAAUGCAGAGCAUGUAGAAAAAUCAGUUAUCUGAGCACAGACUUUGUUUCUAUAAGACAAAGACUUCCUAAAUAUUACUUAUGGGAAAGGUGUUCAAAACAUAAUUUAAGCUUUCUUAGUGAGAACAGAAGCUGUGUAAGAAAGAAAGAUGGUGGAUGUAAGGCAUAUUGGAAAUUAUGCCUCCAUUCUAAUCUUGAUAAAGCUCAACCUGCAGAGAAAUUCUCUGAACCUAAUCAACGUGGAAAAGCCCCCCACCAUAAGCGAGCCCUUGAUAAAAGUCAGAGAAUUCAAACUGAGGAGAAACUGUAUGAAUGUACUGAAUGUGGAAAAGUGUUUAUGCAGAAAGCAAACCUUGUUGUACAUCAAAGAACUCACACUGGAGAGAAGCCUUAUCAAUGCUGUGAAUGUGCAAAAGCCUUCAGCCAGAAGUCAACUCUGAUAGCACACCAGAGAACUCAUACAGGGGAGAAGCCCUAUGAAUGCAGUGAAUGUGGGAAAACCUUUAUCCAGAAGUCAACUUUGAUUAAACAUCAGCGAACUCAUACAGGAGAGAAACCAUUUGUUUGUGGUGAAUGUUCAAAAGCCUUUAAGAGUUCAUAUCACCUUAUGAGACAUGAAAAAACACAUAUUAGACAAGCAUUUUCUAAAGGUAUCAAAUGUGCUAAAUCCAGCCUUAUACAUCAAAGGACUCAUAUGGGUGAGAAACCCGUGUGCAGUGAACAUGAGAGAGCCUUUGAUGAGAAGCCCACUCCCAUUAAAGAUCAGAGAAUUCAUACAAAAGAGAAACCUUAUGAGUGCAGUAAAUGUGGGAAAAGAUUCAGAGGAAAGUCACAUCUCUCUGUUCAUCAGAGAAUUCAUACAGGUGAGAAACCCUAUGAAUGCAACAUAUGUGGGAAGACUUUCAAUGGAAAGUCACACCUGUCUGUCCAUCAUAGAAUUCAUACAGGAGAGAAACCCUAUGAAUGCAGACGAUGUGGCAAAGCCUUUGGUGAGAAGUCAACCCUUAUUGUACAUCAGAGAACUCAUACAGGAGAGAAACCCUAUAAAUGCAGUGAAUGUGGGAAAGCCUUCAGUGAGAAGUCACCACUGAUUAAACAUCAGAGAAUUCACACAGGAGAGAGACCCUAUGAAUGCAGUGACUGUGGGAAAGCCUUCAGUAGGAAGUCAACUCUCAUUAAACAUCAGAGAAUUCAUACAGGAGAAAAACCCUACCAAUGUAGUGAAUGUGGGAAAGCCUUCAGUGUGAAAUCAGCUCUCAUUGUACAUCACAGAACUCAUACAGGAGAGAAACCUUAUGAAUGCAGAGACUGUGGUAAAGCCUUCAGUGGGAAGUCAACUCUCAUUAAACAUCAGAGAAAUCAUACAGGAGAUAAAACAUAUGAAGAUACUUGAGAGUGAGAUAAUUUCACUAGGAGCUAUAUAUUAAAAGUAGUUUAUUAUAUAUGAAAAAAUUCAUCCUGAGAUGUAACCUUAUAAAUGUCAAGAAUGUUAGAAUUUCUUUAUAUAUUGUUUACUGUUCAUUUAACUUAAUAAAAGGCACAAAAGUAUAAUUCCAUAUGUA